CAGCUAACUCAGUCGCCAUUCUGCGCUCUUCGUGGUCCAUAACGUUGCAUUUAGGAGUAGCACCAUUUAUCGUAUAAAAGGGACCAUGUUUAUUUAUAUGUGUUUGUGAAUACACCGUGACAAUGUUGAUAGAAAUACCGGAGCUAAGGCGAUGCUGCUGUUGCCUGCCUUUACGACGAGGCAUCCUUAUAUUUGGAUACAUUAGCCUGUUCCUGACGAUAUUGUUCGGGACCCUGCAGAUAAUACUAUGUGUGUUCUACCACAACAUGAAGAGCUCGUUCGCGACCACCGCGGCCCUGUACCGGGGCGUGAUCAUGGAAGUGCAGCUUUGCAUUGUCUUCCUACUGUAUACCCUGGACAUAGUGUUCCAUAUCGUCCUCAUUGUUGGUGCUCAUAUGAAGAGACGCAGUCUACUCCGAGUGUACUACUACUAUGAGCUGACGACGAUGGUGGCCACGUUCGUCGUGGUGCUGAUCACAUACAUCGACCUCGACAGGUACCCGCGCUGGAACUUCAUCCUCACAGAAUUCUCUCUGGCUUUUACUGGAUUCGUGUUACAGGUGUACCUGGUACUCCUCGUGCGAAGCGAGCUGAACAAGGACCGGUACCAGGAAGGGACCUCCAGCUACAUCAACCACGUCGCUGAGGUCUUCAUAGACCCUCCACUCAGACGGCAAUGGAGAACUGAUCUCUAGAUAUAAUAAACUUAUAGAUAGUUUCUAAUCUAUUUUUCAUUAACUUUAAAUAUUUGUAACUACCAUACUCAGAGACAUUUAAUGAUUACUUAAACGAUUCCUUAGUAAUGAUUUUGUAUCGAAAACAAUUGCUAAGGACUGGGUUAUGUAAUCAUUAAACUACUCUGAGUAUGACGAUAAAACUUUCUCUGGGGCCGUAUUAUGAACUUUUAAACAUCCAUGCAAGUUCCAGGCAAUUCACUUCACGCCCGUAAACUGCCUGGCUAAAUUUCAUAUUAUGACAUACAUUUAUUAGGCCGCCUUCUGAAUUGUUCACUUGGUCUAUGGCUGGUUUGUAAUGUUUGCCGGCGACGUUCGGAAGUAUACAUUUUUAUUUUCGGUAAGUUACGGUUUUCUUUUAGUAUUGAAACAUAAGAUAAUAUAUUUCCAAAACAGAAUAUAUCAUAAAACAAUACGUACAAAACAUAGUGAAAUAUAAAUCAAAUAAUAUUGACCUUGGAUAAUAAUUUAAAUUGGACUUGUACGUUAUGUGAUAUAGAUAUAGUUUUCGAACGCAGCUUGUACACUGCAGUUGAUUCAACUCAACGAGAGGCGGGAAUUACAAGUGGUUGGUGGCAUUGUAUGUGCUUUGUUCAAAGUACGAAAUAAUGGCGUAAGUACUCUUUAAAAUGAAUUCGUGCAAUUUCAUAGGUAAAAUUGACGAAUACAAUCCUUUUAAACGGCUUUUAAUUCUUACCUACUUAUUUAGUUCAACUUCGGAAAGUGGACCUUCAAAUCGUCGUCAACGGGUAACAAAUACCCAACUGGAAGUGUAGUGGGAGUUCCUCAACACAAAUAAGGAGGUGCGUUGGGGUACAACAAGAGCGCUCAUGCUCGAAAGCAUACCUACAAGGAGAAUGUGGGAAAAUAUUUCCGAGCAUUUGAAUGCGUAAGGCGAAGGCGCUGUGAAGAGUUGGAAGGAAUUGUGUACUGUGAGGAAUGAUCAUCAUUAUCAUUUAAUUCUACUUGUACAUUGAAAAUGAAACAAAAAAAAAUUACGUUUGUAUCGAUACAAAUGCGCGGCACCGGCGCGUUUAAAAAACGUGGUGUGCAUAGGCCAUUAGAAGCA